UCGUACCUUACACAUCCUCUUCUUACUCAGCACCACCAAAGUUCCAAAAUGAGCAUUACAGAUAUCCUAAAUCCUUCUGAUAUUGCUGCUGCUCUGAAGGAGUGUGAAGCUCCUGACACCUUUAACUACAAGAAAUUUUUCCAAACUUGUGGGUUAGUGAAAAAGGCACCCCAUGAAGUGAAAACUCUCUUCCAAUUCGUAGAUAAUGACAGAAGCGGCUUUGUUGAGGAGCAGGAGAUGCUGAAUUUUCUUCAGCGGUUUGAUCCUUCCGCCAGACUCUUAACAAGCGCAGAAGCAACUGAAUUCAUGGCUGCAGCUGACCGCGACCGAGAUGGUAAAAUCGGAGCCGAUGAGUUCCAAGCAAUGGUUCAUUCUUAGUCCCCGUGGCGGAAGCGGCCUUGAGAAUUCUGAAACAAUGAAUAAAGAAAAUGGGACCACGUUCUUGACACAUAUACUCCUCUUAGAAGUCAUUCCUAUCCGCAAAAUGGAAAAUGGUGAAUGGGAAAAAUGUAUUUGUAUGCUUGUGAGGCCCUCUGUAAAAAAAAAAAUACAUUGUUUUAUUUGGAACGCAUUACCCAAAACUGUGUGAACUCGUGAUCCAAUAAAGAGAAAUAUACUAACCGAA